GUAUAUAUAUAUAUGUAUGUAUAUAUUUUGGAGUAUUUAUUUCAUUUGCAGUAGCGCUCAGUACUAUUCCAUUCACAUUUUCUCUCCACUUAAUUUCCCACGCCACACUCGACGGACACUCCGCCACGCUCGAUUGUGUUACGUUGAUUUGUGUGAGAUUCAAUUUUUCCGCUGGAAUUUGUUCUUGAGUUUUGUUGAUUUGUGUGUGAUUCAAUUUUUCCGCUGGAAUUUGUUCUUGAGUUACGUUGAUUUGUGUGUGAUUCAAUUUUUCCGCUGGAAUUUGUUCUUGAGUUACGUUGAUUUUUGUGAGAUUCAGUUUUUCCGCUGGAAUUUGUUCUUACGGAUUGGUUACGUUGCGUUUGGGGAUGGAUGUGGAGUUUGGUGGAGAGUUUUCUGGUUCGAAUGAUCGGAUGAUCGUUAAGCGGAAGCGGAGUCGGCGGUUGAGGCAAUCGCAGUACUGCACCUCGAGCAGCGGUGAUGGCGGCGACGCUAUUUCGCAGGUUUCGUCGUCUCCAACGACGUCUACGAGCGCGGAGACGGAGGAUGAGGAUAUCGCUGCGAAUUGUUUGAUUUUGCUUGCUCGCGGCGGUGGAAUUGGUUUUUUGCCGCCGGCGGCGGCGGCGGCGGCGGCGGCGGCGGCGGCGGAGGAGGAGGAGGAGGAGGAGGAGGAUAAAUUUAGUAGCCGGAAAUUUACGGAAAUGGCGACGACUACGACCGGUAAAGUCGGAAUCUACGUUUACGAGUGUAAGACUUGCAAUCGAACCUUUCCUUCGUUUCAAGCGUUAGGCGGACACAGAGCGAGCCAUAAGAAGCCUAAAUCCUCCGAUCAAAUCGACCCGAAGAAAUCACCUCCGCCGGCGCCGGCGUCUCCACCGUCUCAGAGUUAUCAACACGAAGAGCUCACCAAACUAAACACGAAGACAGCUCCGGCGGCGUCAACGCAACCGACGGAAAUCAACAAACACAAAAUCCACGAGUGUUCCAUCUGCGGAUCAGAGUUCGCGUCAGGCCAAGCGCUCGGAGGUCAUAUGAGAAGGCACCGUCCAGUAACCGCUGCCAAAACAGGUAACACCGAAUCUUCAUCUUCAUCGCCGCAGGACAAAGGCAGCAGACCUGCUCUGGCAUUGGAUCUCAACCUGCCAGCUCCACCGGAGGACGAAUUCCAUCCGUUUUCCGCAUCAUCCAAGCCGCAGUCGCCGCCACACCUCGCCUUCUCCUCCGCGCCGGCGCUCGUAGACUGCCACUACUGAGCUACUACAGCAAAACUGCAUUAAAUCAAGGCAAACAAAUCUCAAUCUCAAUCUCAAUUUCAAUAAUUCACAAAUUUUAUUAUCCUUAUUAUUAUCAUUAUUGUUCUAAUGAAUUCAUUGAAUCUACACUCUCAUCCCAACUGUUGUUGUUUCAGUUUCAAGUAAUUAAUCAAAAACUAAUUAAUUAAUUGUAUUCUUUGAGUGAGUGAUUGAAUUUAAGUGGUUUCUAUUCA